GGCUUCGUCGAUUUUAUGCGUUUUGUUUAUUUAAAAUGUCUUUCUUGUAAAUGAGUAGCAAAUUAUUAUUUAUUUGAUAUCUUUGAAUUAUAUAUACUUCGUUUCACUGUAAUAUGAGUGAAUAUCAGAUAAUAAGAGAUUAUUGGAAUUGUAAUUCGCGUAAGGAUUUCAAAGACAACAAGUUGGAGGUUAAAAAUGUUAAUUAUUUGAUCGCUAGUCAGUUGAACUACGCCGCUUUGUCUAAACAAAUCUCCUCUGAUGCGGCGCAGUUAUUAAUGUGGGAACGCAUGAAAUUGCACGAGCGUGAAGUCGAUGUAGUUGGUGAUGAUUCGAGUUAUGCUGCAGAAGCUUUAAAAAUCUCGUCCGUGAAGCAAGAUGGAAAACACUGGAAGUCCGAACUUGUCUCUUCUUGCUCGGCAGAAGGUCCAUCCGUCGGUCCUGGUGUCUGUCGUCAACAGGGUCGGAGAAACCUCUCUUUGGUUGAGGAGUGUCUUUCUGCUGCGUUUUCUAGAGACUGUUGCAACUUGUCUGUUGACGAGGCGUGGACGGGAUGCGAGGGACGGGACACUCUGGGCGGCCAAAAACGAAAUCUGUCCUCAUCUCACCAGUUGGCGAAGAAGACGAGAUCGGACCAUGAUGCCGCUGUGGCUGAGACGUCUCGACAGAACGGAGGGGCUCGAGUCUGGUGUAGCGGCAGUAGCGAUGAAAAUUUACUCGGAGUCAGAGAGAAGACAAGUUUGAAUAAAAAUAAUUCGAAGAGCAUGCCGUUCGUGUCAGCAAAACGGCUGUUGACCAAGACUCAACAGAAGAGAAUCUUCCAACCAAACAGUAAAUCUUUACUUUUGGCCAAGAACCGUUCUGUUGCUAUGUCGUCUGGACGAAAUUCUGUGUCACCGGAGUGGUCUCUGGAUGAUGGGAAUGGAGUCAGAGACCUGACUGAUGGAGCGAUGAAGAACGUCGAUCCAAAGAUGGUGGAGUUGAUGCUCGAUGAAAUAGUGGACCACGGACCUCCUGUCUCUUGGGACGACAUUGCGGGUCUUGAGUUUGCAAAGAAGACGGUUAAAGAGAUCGUGAUAUGGCCGAUGCUGAGACCAGAUUUGUUUACCGGACUGAGAGGACCUCCCAGGGGAGUGUUGUUGUUCGGUCCACCCGGAACGGGUAAGACAUUGAUAGGAAAGUGCAUCGCCAGUCAGACUAAGUCGACAUUCUUUUCUGUGAGUGCCGCCUCUUUGACUUCUAAAUGGAUAGGUGAGGGUGAGAAGUUGGUUAGGGCUCUUUUUGCGGUAGCCAGGUGUCAUCAGCCGGCGGUGAUAUUUAUAGACGAAAUAGAUUCGCUUUUGACUCGGAGAUCGGAAUCUGAACACGAGUCUUCGCGACGGAUAAAGACAGAAUUUCUUGUUCAGCUCGACGGCACUACCACAAAUGGAGAUGAAAGAUUACUUUUGAUUGGUGCGACGAACAGACCGCAAGAACUGGACGAUGCGGUUCGGAGAAGAUUGGCGAAACGUCUGUAUGUGCCAUUGCCAGAGACGACGGCCAGGAUACAGAUAAUUAAAACGCUUUUGAAAGAACAUAAACAUGUCUUAAGCGAUGAAGAUUUCGUUGACAUCGGAAAUAGAACGGAGGGCUAUUCUGGAUCUGACAUGGCAAAUUUAUGUAAAGAAGCGGCUCUGGGACCAAUUCGAAAAAUAAGUUUUGCAGACAUAGAACACAUCACUCAAGAUCAGGUGAAACCAAUUUGUCUGCAAGAUUUUUUAGAUGCUUUGAAUCAAGUUAAAGCAACUGUAUCUGAGAAAGAUUUGCAGGCAUAUCUGGAUUGGAAUGAGAAGUUUGGAAGUUGUGCUGUUUUGAAAGCUUAACAUUGAAUUUAGUUUGUGUAAUUGCUAAUUUUUCAAAGUUUUAAAUUGUAAUUUCACUCUAUGUUAUAUAUUUAAAAUAUAUUAUUUGUCAACAUGAA